AUGCCAUCGCCGUCGCUCGAGCUUCACCGCCUGACCGCAUCCUCGCAGAACGUGGCGGAAAUGCUCCCGACGCUGCUGGCGCUGUCGAACAGCGUGUUCUCGGCAGACCUGGGCUCGAAGUACGCGUCUUUGGGCGAAUGGCGCAAGCGCCUUGCCUCGCCGGCUGCGGUUAUCAUAUUCCUCGCGCCGUCUGCGAGUCCUGACCGCCCCGUCGCGUUUUUGUUUGCGCAUGACCGAGCCCACGAGUCGCCCUUGUCCCACGGCGAGCGGCAGAGUCUGCACGUCUGGCUUGCAGGGGUGCUACCGGAGAGGCGAGCAGAAGGGUGUCUGUCGAAAAUGAUGUCGGCGCUGGACACGGCGCCUGUGCUUACGGUAUGCACGACGCCCGCCGAAUACCAAGAUAUGUGGGGAUGGUUGACAAGAAGAGGGUGGGCCACGGAACGGGAGCUCGAUGGAGGCAAAGUGAUGCUUAGCAUUCGCCAUGCCUGA